AUGAUUGCAAGCAGUGCUGAUAUUGGUCAAGAAAAUAUAUUAACUCAUAUGAAAAAUAAGCCAAAAAAAAGAAAUUCUGUCCCAUGGCCAAGUACAAAUAUUAAAGUUAAUGAUUAUCAAAAAAAUUCAGCCCCUAUGCAACUGCAUAAUACAAAUAUUAAAGUUAAUAGUUAUCAGAAAAAUGCUAUAAAUCUCACAAAUGAUAAACAAAAUAUUGUAAUUUUGGAAGAUAACCAAGAUAAUACAGAUGAGAGUGUACUUGAACCUGAUGCCUUAGCGACUAUAAUCAUUGCUGAUAUUGAACCAAGUACUGUAAUCCCAGAGAAUAACACGUCACCAUUACUAAAAAAUGGUCUUCAUUUUUCUAUGCAAAAACUUAAGAAUAUUGCAACAGUAUCAAAAAUAGUUGAAGAUGAUGCCCAAGAUUCUG